AUGGAAAAGUGUUUUUUGUGCAAACAUAAAUUAAUUAACGUGGAGAAAUUAUUAUUACAUUUAAAAAUUCAGCACAAAUUAAAGCAAUUUGAUGAUUAUCGUUGCUUGCAUUGUGGACAAGUUUUUGGGCGCACUUUCAGCUAUAAGCGUCAUCUAUUAAGGCAUGGCGCCAAUGAAAAGAAAAAGUCUGCGGCUACAUCACCACGCAAACUGACAACAACAAAAGCAACAAUAACAACAACAGCUAUUACUACUGCAACAACGAAUAAUGUUGCUGCGUCGCAUUUAUCAGAAAAAAAUGAUAGCAAUUGUGAAAUUGCAGAUUUAAAUUUUGACGAAGCAGAACGUGAAAAUAAUAAUAAUAACAUUACUCAGUUGGACUUUCGAGAAAAUGUUUUAAAAUUCGUUCGUUUUAAUACUUCUCGUGCCAUGACUCUUAAAAUUAGCUAUAAACUUGAGCAACAGAUACUUUUGAUGUUUCCUACGGAGAAGCUGGAAUAUUACAGAUGCGACAGAAGAGGAAAAAUUUACUCCAGAUUUUGUUAUUUAAGGCAGUCGCUGAAAAAUAUAGAGAAAAAACAAUCUGCACCAGAAAGCCACGAUGGCUCAAAAGUCAUAUAUGAAGAUGUUGCAGCAGAUGCCGUUAAACGUCUUAGGUACGAGAAUGUAGAUGCAAGUGAGUUAAAUGAGCUAUGGCAACUAUCUUCUUCUAGCAGACUGGAAAAAAUUGUCAAUGAUUGUUUAAGUUUAUCAGAUAUUUUUAAGCUUUGGCCAGAGUAUAAGAAGCCAAUGGGAUACAGACUAGUAAUAUAAAAGGAAUACAAAUAUAUAAUUCUGUCUUGUAAUAUUUCUUUUUACAGAUUGAUUUAGAUUUUAAACAUUUGUAUUCAUCUGCUAACGAUAUUCUUGAUAUCUUUGAGCCGAAAAUGAAAAAAUUGUACGACUUCUUUUCUAAGCCAAAUACUUUGAAAGAUUCCAAUUGUAGUGUGCUUCUAAAAAAGCUAAGCGACGAUGUUGUUGCUAAAGGAGACACGUCCUAUAUUUUCACAACUCUUUGGUGUCUUCAUGAAUAUUUAUUUCCAACUGGGCGCGUGGUAUUCGCUGUUUUGAUGUCUGUUUUAAAUCCUACCAUAUAUUUAAUCUCAAAUAUCCGGAAGCAUCGAAUCACUUUUGGAAAUUUAUUGAAAUUUAUUUUUAUGAAAUAUCGUAUAAAAAUUCUAAAAACUCCCCAAAGGCCAGCAUUCUAAAAGCUGAAUUAAUGCACUAAUUU